GGUGUUUGUGGACAGCCAUGUAUUGAUGAGGGGUCUUCUCAAAUGAUGAGUGGACCUGAUUUGGAAUAGAGAGGAGAGAUUGUGUUUUGAUGUUUUGGCGAUCCUGAACAGUUGGUGUUCUUCAAAAUGAAUGGAGAUUGAGAAUUCUAGUUAAUCAGCUAAGGCUUUGAACAAUAAACAUGGUUUUCAGUUCUACCUAGUGGGACCUAUAGGUCAGUAAUCCGGACCAUUGGUGAUCUUGACAGUUGGUCUACUUUGAAAUGAACACAGGUGAUGAAUUCUAUUUUGAGUAAUUAUAUGAUUCUCCAGCUGAGACUCUGGACAAUAAACAUGGGUUUUCAGUUCUACAAUGGGGCCAUAGUUCAGUAAUUGAGACCAUUGGUGAUCUUGGACAGUUGGUGUUCUUUGAAAUGAAUGGAGGUGACGAAUUCUAGUUUGAUUAAUCAUAUGAUCCUUCAGCUGAGGCUUUGGACAAUAAACAUGGUUUUCAGUUCUACCUAGGGGGGCGGAUAGUUCAGUAAUCUAGACCAUUGUCUGUUCUUCCCAAGGUUUAAAGUAUCAUCCGAAACAGGAUGGACAAGCGGAUGAAAGGAAGAUUUCCAAGCUUUGUGAAUAUGCUGCAAAGAACCCCCUGCGAAUCCCUGAGAUUACAGAGUACCUAGAGCAGAGAUGCUACAAGGAAUUGCGAAAUGAACAUUUUGGUCAAGCAAAAGUCGUGAUGUACAUCUAUAGGAAACUUUUAGCUUUGUGCAAGGAGCAGAUGCCACUAUAUGCUUGUAGCUUAUUGUCCAUCAUAAGGACUCUUCUUGACCAAACACGGCAGGAUGGAAUGCGCAUUCUGGGUUGCAAUGCCCUUGUCGAUUUUAUAGAUUGUCAGCAGAUAGAUAGCACAUACAUGUUCAAUUUAGAAGGCCUCAUACCGAAACUCUGUCAACUGGCUAAUGAAGUCGGACAAGAUGAAAGAGGGCUUUGUUUGCGUUCUGCAGGGUUGCAAGCUCUCGCUUCCAUGGUUUGGUUCAUGGGGGAGUACUCACAUAUCUUGAUGGACUUCGAUGAUAUUAUCUCAGUGACCUUGGAGAAUUAUGAGGAUUCUCAAACUGACUUGGAAAGUUCCAAGAUAGUAGGGGACCAAGGUUCGCCAUUCCUGGACAUUCGAAGGAGCCUGCCUUCAUUACAGGACUUUGUUGAUACCAAACCUGCAUUGGAUGACACAAUUGACACUUCCAAGUGCCCCACAUAUUGGUCAAGAAUCUGCUUGCAAAAUAUGGCCAUGCUAGCAAAGGAGGCAACUACUGUGCGGCGUAUUUUGGAACCUUUAUUUCACAAUUUUGAUUCUGGGAAUCAUUGGUGUCCCGAGAAGGGACUUGCACGUUCUGUUUUAUCCAAUAUACAAUUGUUGAUGGAAAAGUCAGGAGAGAAGCCCCAUCUGUUGUUAUCUAUGUUGGUCAAGCACUUAGAUCACAAGAAUGUCAUGAAAGAGCCGAGAAUGCAGAUCGACAUUCUUAAAGUUACCACCCAUCUUGCUGAGCAUUCAAAGCUGCAGGCUUCGGUAGCUAUAAUUGCUGCGAUAAGCGACCUGAUUAGACAUUUGCGCAAGUGCAUGCAAUGUUCCAUUGAAUCAUUAGAAGCAGGAGACGAUGUAAAUCAGUGGAAUGCCUCUCUUCAUUUUGCAUUAGAAGAGUGCCUUGUACAACUAUCAAAUAAGGUGGGAGAUGUUGGGCCUAUUCUUGAUAUGAUGGCUGUAACACUGGAAAAUAUCCCAACUACUUCCGUUGUAUCCAGAACAACUAUGUCUGCCAUUUAUCGAACUGCACAAAUAGUAGCAUCUGUCCCUAACAUUUCAUAUUACAAGAAGGCUUUCCCAGAAGCUUUAUUUCACCAGUUGCUAUUAUUGAUGGCCCACCCAGACCAUGAGACACGGGUUGGAGCGCAUCGUGUCUUUUCAGUUGUGCUUGUGCCAUCAACAGCUUCUCUGACAGUUCCACCUUUUCUUGUCUCACCAAAAGAAGACGGUCCACGUCAAGCACUUUCAAUAGCUCUCUCGGGCUUCUCGUCUUCAGCUUCUAUUUUGGAGAAAGUAGGGGAGAUGAGCCCUUCUGCACAGGAUGCAUCUCAAGACAGCAAGGUUGAAUCAGGGGCCGCCAAUGAUGGGAAUGAAGGGAUAAGGGAGAAUAAUUUUCACAAUGAUAUUGUGGAAGGGUGCCAAACUGCGGACCUUGAUGUUAAACAUUACAAAGUGUAUCUAUCUCGCAGCCAACAUCAUAGCAUCAAACUCUCUCCUUUAUGUUCGGUGAAAGAAGGAAGAACUGUUGCUGAAUCUAAGAAGGAAGAGCUAAUUCGGUUGAGUAGUCACCAAGUGGGCCUUCUGCUUUCAUCAAUUUGGGCUCAGGCAACAUCCCCUGAAAACACUCCUACAUCUUUUGAGGCAAUGGCCCAAACCUAUAACCUCGCUUUGAUGUUUUCUCGAUCCAAGACCUCAAGUCAUGCAGCCCUAGUUCGCUGUUUUCAGCUUGCGUUCUCUCUUAGGAGCAUAUCUCUUGAACAAGAUGGUAGUUUGCAGUACUCUCGUCGGAGGUCUCUCUUUACCUUGGCAUCGUCAAUGCUUAUUUUUUCAGCUAAGGCAGCGAAUCUUCUGGAACUGAUUCCUUCUGUCAAAGCAAUGCUCGUGAAUAAAACGGUUGAUCCUUAUCUUCAUUUGGUUGAAGAUAGUAGACUGCAGGCUAUUCACCCAACAUCUGAUUGUGGAAGGACAGGUUACGGAUCAGAAGAAGACGAAGCUGCUGCCUUGAAGUCUCUCUUGGCAGUAGAAAUGGAUGGUGGUCAACUAAAGGAAACUGUGGUCUCCCACUUUAUGAAGAAAUAUGGAAACUUACCUGAGAAGGAGCUGUUGGGAAUAAAAAUGCAGCUCCAGCAGGAAUUUUCGCCUGAUGACACAUUUCCACUAGGGGCACCGUUAUUCAUGGAGACAUCGCGACCAUGUUCGCCACUGGCUCAGGAGUAUGAAUAUUUCGAUGAGAUAAUGCCUUCGGCAUUGUUGACCAAUGAAGAUGCUUUCUUUGAGACAUCUAGAAGUCAGUUGGAUUGCAAAACAUCACUCUCAAUGAAUGCCUUUGACGUUCUAAGCGUUAACCAGCUGAUAGAAUCGGUCCUUGAAGCAGCCUCCCAAGUUGUUAGCUUCCCAGUUUCCAGUACACCCGUGUCUUACAACCAGAUGAAAAACCAGUGUGAGGCCCUUGUCGUGGGAAAACAGCAGAAGAUGUCUGUACUUUUUAGUUUCAAGCAACAACUGGAACCUGUGUACAUCAUCCCGACGGAAUCAAAUGAGGAAAAGGGUUUGGUUUUAUCCCAUGUGAAGGCAACGAAAUUCUCAGCACUGGAUGGUAAAUUGAGCGAAUUGCACCAUGUUCAUGUUUUUCAGCCCCGCUUGUGUUCUAAUGAUUAUGAGCAGUCCUUCAGGCUACCACCUUCGAGCCCAUAUGACAAGUUCUUGAAAGCUGCCGGAUGUUGAAGAGAUUGACAGGCUCGACGGUGUGUAUAUUUGUGGCUAUCUGUAGAUUGCAAUGUCAAGUGUUGUUGGUAUCAUGUGUUUUGGGAAUUUCAUUUGCUAUUUUUUUCAUUCUUUAUUUGUAGAAACUCAACAUAAUGUGGUAAUUUUUUAGUGGAAAUUUCAUUAUGGUUUUUGUUA